GCCUCGUCAUUCUCUCCAUGCUCGUCCCACUCGUCUUCCUCCUCGGCCUCCACAACGGUUUCCACUCUUCCGAGUAAGGGUCUUGAAAGCUUCGAUCGGCAUGAUUCCAGCCGUAACCGCAAUAGAACUGAGGGAGAUCAAUCGAAGCAUGUGGAGGAACUAAUCACAAAGUUUGAGCCAACACUUCCAAAGGAUGUUCUCAAGAAUUAUCCUCGAGAAGAGAAGAAUGGCACCAUCAAUAGGGUCUCCAGUGAUGAUAAACAUAAAGGAUUUAAUGUUCCACCACCUAUUGUUGUUCGGCAAUCUCCUCUGACUUCAAGUAAUGCUAUAGCCGGCCACAUGAAUCAAGUCACACCCGUUAAAACAACCCCGGCUGAUGAAAGUGGAAAGUCUUGUGAGCUCACAUUUGGUAGCUAUUGCCUGUGGCAAAAACAACAUAAAGAAGUUAUGAAAGAUGCCAUGAUUAAGAAAUUGAAAGACCAACUAUUUGUGGCUAGAGCUUACUAUCCGAGCAUUGCAAAACUCCCCGCACAAGACAAAUUGUCUCGAGAAAUGAAACAAAAUAUACAAGAUCUGGAGCAUGUGCUUAGUGAAUCCACUACGGAUGCUGAUCUUCCACCACUCAUUGAGAACAAGUCACAGAAGAUGGAAAUUACAAUAACUAAAGCUAAAACAGUCCCAGUGGAUUGCAAUAAUGUUGACAAGAAAUUGAGACAAAUAUAUGACUUGACUGAGGAUGAAGCGAACUUCCACAUGAAACAGAGUGCUUACCUGUAUAAACUUAAUGUCCAGACAACACCAAAAAGUCUUCACUGCCUGGCGCUGAAACUAACUGUUGAGUACUUCAAAUCUUCACCUGAAGAAAGGGCUGAUAAAGAAAAGUUUACAGAUUCUUCAUUGCACCAUUAUGUUAUUUUUUCUACCAAUGUACUUGCAGCAUCCAUAGUUAUCAACUCCACUUCAAUUCAUUCCCAAGAAAGCUGGAAGCAAGUUUUUCAUGUGGUGACUGAUGGUCAAAAUUAUUAUGCAAUGAAGCUCUGGUUCUUGAGGAACAAGUAUAAGGAUGCUGCCAUUGAAGUAUUGAAUUUCGAGCAUCUUGACCUCAAUAACCAAAAUGGGGAUCCAUUGCAACUGUCCUUGCCUGAGGAAUUCCGUGUUUCUUUUCGCACUGCUGAUAACCAGAUUAGAACAGAAUACUUCUCAAUUUUUUCUCAUUCACAUUAUUUACUUCCUGAUAUAUUCAGCAAUUUGAAGAAAGUUGUGGUACUGGAUGAUGAUGUUGUUAUUCAGCAAGACCUGUCAUCUCUGUGGAACCAAGACAUGGGGGAAAAGGUUAAUGGUGCAGUGCAAUUUUGCUCAGUUAGGCUUGGUCAGCUGAAAAGUUAUCUGGGUCAGAACGAUUACAACCAAGAUUCCUGUGCUUGGAUGUCGGGGUUGAACAUAAUUGACCUAGUGAAGUGGAGAGAGCUUAGUCUUACACAAACAUACCAAAGGUUGAUAAAAGAGUUGAGUGCACAAGAAGGAUCAACCAAUUCUAUUGCAUGGCGUGCAAGUUUACUCACCUUUGAUAAUAAAAUAUAUCCACUCAAAGAUUGGGUUCUGUCUGGACUAGGUCAUGAUUAUGCAAUUGAUGCAAAUUCCAUUAAGACAGCUCCAGUGCUACACUACAAUGGGAAAAUGAAACCUUGGCUAGAUCUGGGAAUUCCAAAUUAUAAGAGCUAUUGGAAGGUGUUUAUCAACAAAGAAAACCAAUUCUUAAGUGAGUGCAAUGUGUAUUCAUAAUACGCCAUGGUCAAGUCUUGAAUGUUUUGGAGAUUGUAGGGGUGAGCUCUUAAGGAGCAGGAAAGAUGAUAUGCCUGUGCUUUGGGUGCUCAAAUUUUUUCCAAUGUAGCUUUUCCAAGGGGGUGUUUUGAAAGAAGUGAAGUGAUAGUGUUGGUGAGCUUAACAAAACAGGUUAUGAAAUUAACCAUUCAAAUAAGAACCUGGAAGCUGCACUUGAUUUUCUGGCAGAAUUGAGCACCCCUCACAGUUUUCAAGAUAGUUAAAUUGGUUUAAUGUUGAGGUUUUAUCUGAUCUUACUGUGCUGGUAGGCAAGUAUGGAGAGGUAUACAUGAGCAAGGCAUUGGUCCAGAAAAAAAAAAAUAACUCAAAAUAUAAAGACAGUGCAAUUGUUUGUUUUAAGAUUUAGUAUCCUGAAUGAUGUAAAUUAUUCUUAGCCGGGAAACAAGUAGAACUAUCCCUCCUAGUUCCUUGGAUUUCAAAUUUUUUUUUUUCUAAGGUUUGUUAUUAUUUGAUUACAAGAAUGUUGUCCAACAGCUUUUAUAAGAAAAAUGAUACAGUAACAAUUUUGUCCCCUAGUUGAAGUUCAGCAUUGCUGAUCUUUGCUAUUCA